AGAGACUUCCUGUCUGAGGACUAAACAGAGGGUUGCUUCAGAGUUUGAGGGAGAAAAGUGGGAAGGCAGGAACACUGAGGGAGGAGAGAGAGACUAAAGAUGCUGAAAACGAGGAGAAACAAAUAAGUUGACGAGAUUAAAGCAACAGCUGGAAAGAGCAGCAACAGAGGAUGUGAAAUGACUCUUGUCRAACUUAAAGGGAAAUAUGUUGCAUUUGGACGACCUACCAGCAUGAACUGGAGAAACCUGAGAGAAGAGAUGUGACUGACACUGGCAAUGGAAAUGAAAUAGAAUAACAUGGCGUAUGUGAAGGUCAAUGUUCAGCCAUGAUUUAAAGGUGAAGCACGUUUGGAUGCUGAUAAAGGCAUUUUGGACAUUUUUAAAGGACCAGAUUUCUUCUGUCUUCUUUUCAUCUGCAGUUCCUACUUGAACACUGACCCCCCAGCCUCUCAGUCCUCUUCAUCACAGCCAUUAUGAUCAACUACAGCAGUACUGAGUCCUGGCUUUUCAUCAAUACUUCAUCACCUCUCCUGUCAGUAACAGGCAGUCUAGCCAACAACAGCGGGAUGGAAGCGUAUCUUCAAAGACUGGCACACUUAGAUGAAGGACUCUACAAUGACUUCUAUGGUCUCUGGGUCGCGCUGAUAAUCAUAAACUCUUUCAUUUUCUUGGUGGGCAUGGUUCUGAACACAGUGGCUCUUUACGUUUUCUGUUUCCGCACCAAACAAAAAAGCACCUCAGUGAUCUACACCAUUAACCUGGCCGUGUCGGACCUGCUGGUGAAUCUCUCUCUGCCCACUCGCAUCCUGCUCUACUACAGCGGCGGCUCCUGCCUCACGUGCUCCUACAUGCACAUCUUCAGCUACUUCGUCAACAUGUACUGCAGCAUCCURUUUCUCACCUGCAUAUGUGUGGACCGGUACCUCGCCAUUGUGCAGGUUGAAGCUUCCCGCCGUUGGAGGAACUCUGGCGUAGCCAAGUGUGUGUGCCUCUCCGUCUGGCUGUUUGCCAUCGUGGUCACCUACUCCCUGCUGUCCACCGCCUUCCAGCACACAGGCUGCUGCAUCUCCAAGCUCCUCCUCCUCACCAUCACAGAGUUCUUCUUGCCCCUCGUCAUCAUUGUGGCCUUCACGCUGCGGAUCAUGUGGGCCCUCACGGACCGCCGCCUCAUGCAGCAGAGCAGGAAGAGGAGGAGGAGGGCUGUCCAGCUGCUAACCACUGUACUGAUCAUCUUCACUGUCUGCUUCACACCUUUCCACAUCAGACAGGUUUUGGUGUAUUUCUACCCAGACAUGCCCCAUCAUGUGAUCGUAUACCAUUUAACGGUCACUCUGAGCAGUUUGAACAGCUGUAUGGAUCCUGUUGUCUACUGUUUUGUAACAAAUAAUUUCAAGGCCACCAUGAGACAUCUUUUCCGUCGUGCAGAGCCGGAGACCAGYGGUGACAACGUCAGUAUGCAGCACAGCUCCAAGGCCUCAGGAGGCGGAGCCAACGUCGUCACUAAUAUUCUAAUUACCAUGACCAAGAUUCCCAAUCCACAGCAAAAAGACGAUGUGGGGAAGGAUUGCACGCUGUGAAGCUGUUUAUGGAAACAGUGCAUAGCCCUGAAAGUUACGGAGACACUGUGAUUUUACUGGUGACAGGAAAAUCCUCACUAGAUUUGUUGCAAACUGGGACAGCAAUUUCAGCUGGGAAUGGUCCAGUAAAGCCAUUUUUAUUAUUUAAGAAUACUAACCAUUUAGUAUUGUGAUGGACUUGCGACUUGCGACCUGUCCAGGGUGUA